UCCCAUUCUCCGCGCAUGUCCCUCGGACACAGCUAUCACGGAAAGAGCCGAAGAGGUCGGCUCGGUUAUGCGAUCAGCUGUGUCCAAUCACAGCUGAUCACUGAUCAUCAGGGCACUUAUGAUCAGUGUGCCAUGAUGAUCAGUGUAGCCCCAGCAGUGCCAGCUGUCAGUGUUCAUCAGUGCUAUAUCAGUGCCCAUCUGAGAAGCCUUUCAGUGUCACCCAUCAGUGCCAGUCAGUGCCACCUAUCAGUGCUGCCAAUCAGUGCCACCUAUUAGUGCCAGUCAGUGCCGCCUAUCAGUGCCAUGUAUCAGUGCUGCCUUUCAGUGCCCAUCAGUGAUGCCUGUCAAUGCCCAUCAGUG